AUGUGGCACAAUAUGGCACGCGUAAAGAUGGGUCCCUUCGCUCUCCUCUGUCUCCACGCGCUUUUCUUCCGCGUCCUCGUGCUCUCCCACAGCAGCAUCUAUGAGCGCUCGGCCGUCCCUCGCGCCGUGGUCCGCUCCGUGGCUCGCAUGGACGGAGACGUGAUCAUCGGCGCGCUCUUCUCCGUCCACCACCAGCCGUCGGCGGAGAAAGUAGCUGAGCGGAAAUGUGGGGACGUCCGCGAGCAGUAUGGCAUCCAAAGGGUGGAGGCCAUGUUCCACACGUUGGACCGGAUCAACGCCGACCCGAACCUGCUUCCAAACAUCAGCCUGGGAUGCGAGAUCCGAGACUCCUGCUGGCACUCCUCCGUGGCCCUGGAGCAGAGCAUCGAGUUCAUCCGGGACUCCCUCAUCUCCAUCCGGGAUGAUAAGGACGGCUCCAAAUGGUGCAUCGACGGCACCCCGUCCCACCAGCCUCCACCCUCCAAGAAGCCCAUCGCAGGAGUGAUCGGACCGGGAUCCAGUUCUGUGGCCAUUCAGGUGCAGAACCUCCUGCAGCUCUUCAACAUCCCGCAGAUCGCCUACUCUGCCACCAGCAUCGACCUGAGUGACAAGACUCUGUUCAAGUACUUCCUGAGGGUUGUGCCCUCUGACACCCUCCAGGCCAGGGCCAUUCUGGACAUCGUCAAGCGAUACAACUGGACCUAUGUGUCUGCCGUGCACACGGAGGGAAACUAUGGGGAGAGUGGCAUGGAGGCCUUCAAGGAGCUGGCCUCUCUGGAAGGUUUAUGCAUUGCCCACUCAGACAAGAUCUACAGUAACGCGGGGGAGAAGCACUUUGAUCGCCUUUUGAGGAAACUACGGGAACGUCUACCCAAAGCUCGUGUAGUGGUGUGUUUCUGCGAGGGCAUGACAGUCCGAGGACUCCUGAUGGCCAUGAGGAGACUGGGGGUGUUUGGGGAGUUCCUCCUCAUCGGCAGUGAUGGAUGGGCGGACCGUUAUGAGGUUGUGGAGGGUUUUGAGCAAGAAGCAGAGGGAGGAAUCACCAUGAAGCUGCAAUCAGAGGUGGUCAAGACCUUUGAUGAUUACUAUUUGAAGCUACGUCUGGACACCAACACAAGGAACCCGUGGUUCUCUGAGUUCUGGCAGUACCGUUUCCAGUGCCGCCUCGCAGGCCACCCACAGGAGAACAAGAACUACAAGAAAGUCUGCUCCGGUGAUCAUGGCAAUGAGAGUCUGCAUGACAACUAUGUUCAGGACAGUAAAAUGGGAUUUGUCAUCAAUGCCAUCUAUGCCAUGGCUCAUGGCCUCCAUGAUAUGCACAAGGAGUUGUGCCCAGGGCAGCCAGGGCUCUGUGAGGCUAUGGACCCAAUCGAUGGCAGCAAGCUGCUGGACUACCUGCUGAAAACAUCCUUCAGAGGAGUCUCAGGAGAGGAGAUUUAUUUUGAUCAAAACGGAGACACCCCAGGAAGAUAUGACAUCAUGAAUCUGCAGGGUGUGAGUGAUGGUCACCAUGACUACAUAAAUGUGGGCUCCUGGCAUGAAGGCAUCUUAUACAUCGAUGACUUCAAGCUGUGGCUGAACAGCAGUGACAUGGUCCGCUCAGUCUGCAGCGAGCCCUGCUCCAAAGGACAGAUCAAGGUGAUCAGGAAGGGCGAGGUGAGCUGCUGCUGGAUCUGCACCACAUGCAAGGACAAUGAGAUUGUCCUGGAUGAGUUCACCUGCAAGGCAUGUGAGCUAGGAUGGUGGCCCGAUGAUGACCUAGAAGGCUGCCAGCCGCUGCCUCUGAAAUAUCUUGACUGGGCGGAUGUGGAAUCCAUAGUGGCAGUGGUUUUCUCCUGCGUUGGCAUCCUCAUCACUUCCUUUGUCACCUUUGUGUUCAUCCAGUACCGUGAUACACCCGUGGUGAAGUCCUCGAGCAGAGAACUCUGUUAUAUCAUCUUGGCAGGCAUCUUCAUGGGCUACAUCUGUCCAUUCACCUUAAUUGCCCGUCCUACGGUGGCCUCCUGUUACUUGCAGAGGCUCCUGGUCGGCCUUUCAUCUGCCAUGUGCUACUCUGCCCUGGUGACCAAAACGAACCGCAUCGCCCGCAUCCUGGCGGGCAGCAAGAAGAAGAUCUGCACCAAAAAGCCCCGUUUCAUGAGCGCUUGGGCCCAGGUUGUCAUCGCCUUUAUGCUGAUCAGCAUGCAGCUAACUCUGGAGAUCACGCUCAUCAUUCUGGAGCCUCCUGAACCCGUCAAGUCCUACCCGAGCAUACGUGAGGUCUACCUCAUCUGUAAUACUAGCAACGUAGGCAUGGUGGCGCCGCUGGGCUACAACGGCCUGCUGAUUCUGAGCUGCACCUACUAUGCCUUCAAGACGCGCAACGUCCCGGCCAACUUUAAUGAGGCUAAAUACAUUGCCUUCACAAUGUACACUACCUGCAUCAUCUGGUUGGCCUUUGUGCCAAUCUAUUUUGGCUCAAACUACAAGAUCAUAACCACAUCCUUCUCCGUCAGCCUGAGUGUAACAGUGGCACUGGGGUGCAUGUUCACGCCUAAGAUGUACAUUAUCAUUUCCAAACCAGAGAGGAAUGUCCGAAGCGCCUUCACCACAUCUGAUGUGGUGCGAAUGCACGUUGGAGAUGGAAAGAACGCUCAAUGCGGGGGCAACAAUUUCUUCAGAAUCUUCCGUCGGAAGAAAGCUGUGACUGGCAAUGCCAAUUCUAAUGGCAAGUCUGUGUCAUGGUCUGAAUCAGGUGCAAGACACCCUCCGAGCGGGGGGAAUGUGUGGCACAGACUGUCUGUGCAUGUGAGGAAACAGGAAGCCGGCUUGAAUCAGACGGCGGUCAUCAGGCCCCUAACUAACACCCCCGACCCCCACAGUUGUGCGCCCCCCACCUGCGACCUUGGCACAGAACCCCAUCCUCCCCAAGAACCGUGUGGCGCUAAGCCUCUGUACAACCUGGCGGAGGAGGACGACGACGAGGGAGAUUCCCAGCGCCCCCUCUGGACCCCGACUUGCUCUGUACAGACGCAAGGGCUGGAGUCUAAUUUAGAUAAGCCAGCUUCUUAUUUGGCCCCUCACUUGAUGGGCUGCACCACAGAGCGCUUACAGGGGGCCGUGGUGGACACACACAGCUCCUAUGUCCCUGCACCUAAUGAGCACACUGCCAGGGAGGCCAUCCCUUCCAACGAGCCUUUGAGCUUGACCCCAUCUAAGUUUCCUUUGGCACCACAAGUGGGGGUGUUUGAAGAGAUGGGGUCCGAGGACGAGGAACUGGACCUCUUACACAGCUACAUUUAUGAUGCCAAGGAGGAGGGGGAGGACGGGGAAGGCCAGGAUUUAACUCCGCACAAGGCAAAUCUGGAGGAUUCCCUUGCUCUGUCGCCCCCCUCCCCCUUCAGAGACUCUGUGUGUUCGGGGGAGUCUAUCGGCAACUCCCCCAUCAUGGAGUCGAUGCUCGGAUGCCCUCCGGGCUCAGUCUACACCUCAAACACCCUCCAAGACUUCGCACACAGCUCCUCGACACUGUGA